AUGUCGCUUGAGAAGCACACAUCUUCCUCAACAGCAACAGCACAAACCGGCAACCAGAAGGAGCAUGUAGCCAACGGCACUGCUGGCGACAACCCCGGCGCCACUGCAGGCUCCUACGGUCCCCUCUCCUUCGCCGCCCACACUGCAGAGCCCUCCAAGGUCCUCUCCGCCCUCGAGUCCAACCAGGCCCAUGGUCUCAGUGACGAUGACGCUGCCAAGCGCCUUGCCGAAUAUGGACCAAACCGUAUCAAGCCUCCCAAGAAACCCUCUAUCUGGGGUAUCUGUCUCAGGCAGAUCGGUAACGCAAUGACUAUUGUUCUCAUCUCUGCAAUGGCCGUCUCGUUUGGUACCCUCGAUUUCAUCUCUGGUGGCGUCAUUGCAGCCCUGGUUAUUCUCAACGUCACGGUCGGCACCUACACUGAGUGGGAGGCCGAGAAGACUGUCGCCUCGCUUGAGAGCGUCGGUGCGCCCCAGGCUGUCGUUGUCCGUCACUCGUCCACACAGACCGUUACCAAGACCAUCGCUGUCGAAGAGGUCGUUCCUGGUGACAUCAUUGCCGUUAAGAUUGGUGACAUUAUCCCCGCCGACGGCCGUGUCCUCGAGGGUGUCUCCAACCUUGAGUGUGACGAGGCGUUCCUCACUGGCGAGUCGCUCCCUGUUGCCAAGCAGUCCGAGCCCGUCGACGAAGAGAACUGCCCCGUCGGUGACCGUGUUAGUAUGGUCUUUUCUGGUUCCAUGGUCACCAAGGGCCGUGGGUUCUGUGUCGUCACCGCCACUGCCAUGGACACCGAGAUCGGCAAGAUUGCUUCCGCCCUCCAGAACAAGGCCGAGCGCAAGGAGACUGGCUUCGCAAAGGGCUGGCACAAGUUCAUGGUCCUUCUCGGCCUCCGCGAGACUACCCCUCUCCAGGUCAAGCUCAACCAGAUCGCUUACAUCCUUCUGGGUGCCGCCAUUGUCAUUGCCAUUAUCGUCGUCGCCUCAACCGGCUUCAAGGAUGUCCCGAUGUCGAUUGCCACCUACUCUGUUGCCGCCGCUGUCUCGAUUCUUCCCGCGUCCCUGAUUGCCGUCGUCUCCCUGACCCUUGCCCGCGCUUCGACCGACCUCGCCAAGCGCAACGCUCUUGUGCGCCGCAUGGACGCCAUUGAGGCCCUCGCGGGUGUCGCCAACGUAUGCUCGGACAAGACUGGUACCCUUACCGUCGGUCGCAUGGUAGUGCGCAAGAUGUGGGUUCCCGCCUUGGACGCGCGUGACAACGACGCCGCCCCCACAGACACUGUCAAGGGCCAGUCGUACUCGUUUGAGACCGGUUCGGACCCCUUCUACCCCCGUGGUGACAUUAUUCCGGAGGAGGCCCCCUUGGUCCCCUCGGGCACCUACGCCAUUAACCGCUCCGAGGUUCACGACGGCGAGGACAUGGACAGGAUCGACGUUGCUGAGAUGGAGCACGGCCUUCGCGACAUGGCUCUCUGCGCUGCCCUCUGCAACCAGGCAACUCUGACCCGGCCCACCGAGGACGUCACAGGCUGGGAGGCUCACGGUGACCCCACUGAGAUCGCUCUUCAGGUCGCUGCGCACAAGCUCGGCUACGGCAAGCCCAUCCUCACUGGUAUGCACAAGCUCGCACCCGUCACGUCUGGUGGCACUGCUCGUCGCUCCUCGCUCUUCCCCGGUGGCAACCUGGCGCACGGCCAGUUCACCCAGAUUGUCGAGCACCCCUUCGACUCGACCGUUAAGCGCAUGGCCAUCGCCUACCGCUUCAGCCCGGCUACCUCGAACCUCAAGCCCAAGGUUGUCUGCCUCAUGAAGGGUGCCGUUGAGCGUGUCCUCGACCGCUGCACCAAGGUCCGCGACCAGCCCCUAACCGAGGAGCGUAUUGCUGAGAUCAUGGCCAAGGUUGACGCUCUGGCGUCGUACGGUCUCCGUGUCCUCGCUCUCUGCGGCAAGUUUGAGCCCAUCGAGAACGCCGACCGCCUUACCACGAUGCCCCGUGACGAGUUUGAGAAUGGCUUCUCGUUCCUUGGUCUGGCUGGUAUCUUCGACCCUCCCCGCAAGGAGUCUGCCGGUGCUGUUGCCGACUGCCACCGUGCUGGUAUCACCCCUCGCAUGCUGACUGGUGACCACCCCGCUACCGCGACCGCCAUUGCCCUGCAGAUCGGUAUCCUCGACCGUGCCUACGCAAAGUCCGACGUCAUGACCGGCCAGCAGUUCGACGCACUGAGCAACGACGAGGUCGACGCUCUUGAGGACCUCCCGCUUGUUGUUGCCCGCUGCGCCCCUGAGACCAAGGUCCGCAUGGUCGAUGCUAUCCACCGUCGCAACGAGUCGACCGUCAUGACUGGUGACGGUGUCAACGACUCGCCUGCUCUCAAGCGUGCCGACGUUGGUGUCGCCAUGGGUACCGGUUCCGACGUCGCCAAGCAGGCCGCUCGUAUUGUUCUUACCGACGACAACUUCGCCUCGUGCAUUCGUGCUAUCCGCAAGGGUCGCUCGGUCUUCAAGAACCUGUCCAAGUUCCUGCUCUACCUGCUGUCUGGCAACGUUGCUGAAAUCAUCGUCUUGAUGAUCGGUCUUGCCUUCAAGGACGAGCAAGGCCGCUCCGUCUUCCCUCUCUCGCCUGUCGCAGCCCUCUGGAUCAACACCCUCGCCGCCGGUCCUCCCGCACUUGCCCUUGGUCUUGAGCCCACCGCCCCCGACGCCAUGGAGCAGCAGCCGGACGCGUUCCACCACAUCUUCACCCUCGAGUUCUACUCUGACUUGACGUUCUACGGUGUCCUCAUUGGUGCUUUGUCGCUUGCCAACUUUGUCAUUGUCCUUUGGGGCUACUUCCCUGGCUACCUAGGGGUCGACUGCAACGAGAAAUCGUCCGCUAACAGCGACGCGUGCAACCCUGUCUACCUUGCCCGUGCGACUUGUUACUCGACACUGGUCAUUAUCCUUAUGAUCCACGCGCUCGAGUGCAAGCACGUGCUGCGCGGCCUUUUCCAGAUCAACCUCAUGGACAACAAGGUUCUGCUCUGGUGUGUCGUUGCCCUCUCGCUCACGACCUUCCCCAUUGUCUACAUCCCCGUCAUCAACAACAAGGUCUUCAUGAUCGAAGGCCUCAAAUGGGAGUGGGGAAUCGUCUUUGGCAUGAUCUUUGUCUACCUCGCCGCUACCGAGCUUUACAAGUACUUCAAGCGCAUGUACUUCCGCAAAAAGGAGGCCCAGCGUGUCCGGCCCGUCCACCACUUCCCAGAGCACGACAAGACUCUACGCAUCGAGCGUACUCUGGACCCCACCGACAAGGUCUAA